GAGAGGAAAAUUGAGGAGGAGAUAAAAAAGCAAAGAAAAGAGAAGAAGAGCAACAAAAAUGGGGGAAAAUCAGUAUAAAUAAAUAAUAAAAAGGAGAGAGAGAGAGAGGGAGAGAGAGGAAACGGUCCAGCGAUUGUAAAAUGGCAACGGGGGAGAAGCUCCUCCUUCCCUUUCUCUUCGUCUCUGUUAUUUUAGAAUUCUUUAAUGAAUUUGAAUGCCUUUGAUUAGAUCAACCAACGACGAUCUCGAUCAAUCAAAUGAAAUGCUAAUCAAAGUCCAAAAUACGUGAUUCGAAUGUGAAAUUUCGUCAUUGUAGGAAUUACUUUUGUUACUAAUAAAGAAAGAGGGUGAAUGGUGGUUGGAAAAGAGAAAAAGAAAAGGAGGAGGCGGAAGAGGUGGGUAUUGUUUUGAGUGUAAUGUCUUGUGGGGGAAAGGAAAAGCAAUGGAGUUGUGGAAAAGCCGCCGCCGCCGCUGCAGCUGCCGGAGCCGUCAAUAUUCAAAGAGUUGGUUCUAUCGUUCGCGACAUUGGAGAUCCUUGCCUUUCCCAAUCUCCCAUCAAGGUUGUCUUGGCUGUAAGCAAGAUGCUUAAGCCAGAGAAGUGGCAGGCCACUUUUGAUAACGAAGGGAAGGUUUCUGGUUUUCAGAAAGCACUCAAGUUUAUUGUUUUGGGGGGGGUUGAUCCAUCUAUAAGACCAGAAGUUUGGGAAUUUCUUCUAGGUUGCUAUGCAUUGGGGAGCACUGCAGACUACCGAAGGCAAUUAAGGACAGCCCGAAGGGAACAUUACAAGGACCUUGUGAAGCAAUGCCAGACAAUGCAUUCAAGCAUAGGAACUGGCUCACUUGCCUAUAAUGUGGGUUCAAAAGUUAUGGAUAUGAGGACAUCCUCCAAAGAUGGGGGGAAAAGGGAAUCAAAAGUUGAACGUAGACAAGCUUCCACUGAUGAUACUGAUAAAACGGAGAAAUAUUCUGAUUUGGGUAAUAACGGUACUGAUAAGUCAUAUGCCGACCCAAGAGAGAGUUGUAGUGAUUUUGCUGACCUUGUCAGUGUGAGGGGAAAUACUGAGACUGCUGCAUAUGACUCUUGUUUUUUAUCAACUUCUGGUCCGUAUGGCCGCUGUUCCUCAAAAAUAGGGGGAGAAUGUCACGGAUCAGAAUUCAUAACCCAAUGUCAUUUUGAUUUUCCUCCUUUACCAGUAACAGACUUGUUUGAGAAGAGUGAAGACGAGAAAGAAUUUGAUGCAAAUGAGGAAGGGUAUUCUGCACAAUGUAAAUUGAUAUUUGAGGAUGACAAUAUGCAUAGUUUUCAAAUCAAUAACAAUGCUGAUUUAAUCAUCGAAUCAAAUGUUUCACCCUCACUAUCUAACAAUAUCUCAUGUCCUUUUAACUCGGAAAUUCAGUUGGUCCAUCCUGAUGCUUAUGAGCCAGUUCUGAGAUCCAACAAUGUAAGUUAUAAAACAGAAACAGUCAACAGAUUAAGAAUAUCAGAUGUUCCAGAAACACCUUUGGUAAAUGCAACCAUAUCUCAAGAAGGGGCUGCCAAUGAUGAAAGAGUAUCUGAAUGGCUUUGGACUCUGCACAGAAUAGUUGUUGAUGUGGUGAGAACAGAUAGUCAUCUUGAGUUCUAUGAGGAUACAAGAAAUUUAGCUAGAAUGUCUGAUAUUCUUGCUGUUUAUGCAUGGGUUGAUCCUGCAACUGGUUAUUGUCAAGGUAUGAGUGACCUGCUGUCUCCUUUUGUUGUUCUCUUUGAGGAUAAUGCGGAUGCAUUUUGGUGCUUUGAGAUGCUCCUUAGGAGAAUGCGUGAAAAUUUUCAGAUGGAGGGACCAACUGGUGUGAUGAAGCAGCUGCAAGCAUUGUGGCAUAUCUUGGAACUCACAGACAGGGAAAUUUUUGCACAUCUGUCGAAUAUAGGUGCUGAAAGCCUUCAUUUUGCAUUUCCAAUGCUGCUGGUUUUAUUUCGCCGAGAAUUAUCUUUCAAUGAGGCUCUUCGUAUGUGGGAGAUGAUGUGGGCAGCUGAUUUUGAUGAAUCUGUCACAUGCAAUUUAGAGGAGAUUUGUCUGGAAGCAUUGAUUGUAGAGCUUCCGAGGGAUUCUGGGGCAGAAAUGGGAGAAGAAAACUCAGAAAAUGGAAAUGAUGGUGUAAAGGAUGGCCUACAAUUGAAACAUUCCUUGUCUGAGAAUGCUGGAAUAAAAUCAGCAUCAGCUUAUCCCUUUUGUGGUUUGACACGGAAUUUUUGGUCUAGAACUGAUCGCCUUCAAAUAUGCAAUGUUGUCUCAUCAACUAGGACAGGAGAUGAUGAUUUGCCUGUCUUUUGUGUGGCUGCUAUUCUUAUCAUGAACCGUCAAAAAAUCAUGAGGCAAACCCGUUCAAUAGAUGACAUGAUAAAGAUUUUCAAUGAUAAGCUUCUGAAAAUCCAUGUCAAAAGAUGCAUAGGUGCUGCGAUCAAACUCAGAAAGAAAUAUUUGUACAAGGUUAGCUAAUCAAGAACAAAGGCCAUCCAGCUCGGAAUAGUGAGUAGGUCACAGCAUUUCCUGCCUACUAUCAUGGCAAGAAAAGGCAACAGCACUUUUAGCCAGUAUUUCGUGUGUGGGAUUCCUAGUUUGGACAUGGCAUGAAAGUUUAUGUUGGAUCUUUUAUGAUGGGGGAUGAAGCAGAAGUGCUUUUGCUGUCCGAAGAUUCAUCCUAUUUUUUGCACCCCCAUUUUCUUCAAGUCUGUUCCAAGCCACGAGAAAGACUGGAAAGUGGUAAGAAGUCCCGUCUAUUCGAGGUUCAUGCAGAUGUAAGCAUUUGGCUUUUAUGCGGAACCUCGCACAGGUUAGGCGAGCGUGAUCUGGCCUUUUUGUCUUUAUAUAAUUCAUAUUAUUUUGUAAAUCUAAUUGUUAAAUUGUUCAUCAAGUUUGUUUUCUUAUUUAUGCACGUGAAUUUACAGAUAAUAGUCUGUGCAGUUAAUAGAUGAUUGUUGAACUUUUAGCUUUUCUGUCGGACAGUGUAGGCCAGGAUUGAAAAAG